AUGGCCCCCGCCCCCGCCCCCGCACUCGUCGGCAUUCUGCUCGCCCUCGUUGCAAUGGCUGCUGCCGUCCACGCCGUCCAUCACGCGCCAGCCCCCUCGCCGGAGGAGUCCGAGUCCGAGUCAACGUCGCCGUCGGAGGCACCGGCCGAGGAACCCAAUGCAGCACCCGCGGGGGCACCUGAUGACGAUGCCUGGGAGAUGGAGACCCCGUGGCUGUCCCCCGACGAGGCCCCGGCGCCCUACGGCGACGAAAACGAAGGGCCCGCUGCUUCCCCGGAGGAAGUAGACGCGCCCGCCAUGGCACCGGGCUUCGACGCUAACGGCCCUGCCGCCGCUUCGCCGGAGGAAGACGCGCCCACGAUGGCGCCGGGCAUUUCUCCCUUCGCGAGCGAGCCGCCGGAGGAAGAAGCGCCCACGAUGGCGCCGGACAUCUCUCCCUUCGCGAGCGAGCCGCCGGAGGAAGAAGUGCCCACGAUGGCACCGGGCCUCUCUCUGAGCGAGUCGCCGGAGGAAGCCCCCGCGGGCGCCCCAGAAGAAUUCGAGGGCGCACAUAUCGCCGCUCCCCCACUGGAGGACGCGCCCACCAUGGCGCCGGCCUUCGCUCCCUUCGGGGCCAGCGAGUCGCCGGAGGAGUCUGAGGCCCCAGCCGGCGCCCCGGAGGAGGAGGCCGAGGCCGAGAGCCCGUCCUCCGAAGACUACGGCGUGUUAGAAGAGGAGGUCGUAGUACUCUCGCCUGACGGGUCGGCCGCGGUCAGCACCGGCCCGGAAACCGAGGAAAGCCCGGCCAAGGGGACCCCCGCGGCCGCGGAGGCUCCAGGCCCCUCAUCCGACGGCGAGGACGACAGCGGCGCGAGCGCGGGCGCCACGCGUCGCAGCCUCGUGGCUGCCGUCAUCGUCGCGGCCAUGUCCGCCGUCGCUGCUUUCUGA